CCCUUGAUAGCUGGCUGAUUGAUUAUUCUUCUAACAGAAUUUCUGCCAGAAGCCUCGCGUAGCCGCACGUGGAUAAUCCGGAGUAUUCCUCUGGUACAGAAAGCGACGUGGCAGUGUUUCCUUGCGGAUCCUAUCUAAGUACAUGAUGCUUUAUCCUGACCUCGGGGAUCAGUGAGGCCAAUAUCCGAGAACUCGGGCUCGUGUUGAGAGGACCCGUCUUAUUGUCCUUUGUUCAUGCCUUGGAGGUAGUUGACUGCCUGGUGCUUGACUACCGUCUACCGUUGACCAAAUGUUUGAUUUCCAGAGUCAGACCUGGUACCGGCCUCAGCCCUCGGGUGCAUCGAGGUCGGGCUCAUAACUUGCCGAGUUUGGUUGAUUCCUGAGCCUUAUGUCCUCCCGACCUCGGGGUCGGGGUCGGGGUCGGUUGACUUCGUUAUCCACUGAGUCUGGUUGGUUCCUGAGCUUGGUGUUUUCCCGACCUCGGUGGUCGGGGUCGGGGUCUGUCUCGGAUUGUGGACUUAGUAUUUUUGCGCCUUUGACGGACCUUCAAUGCUUUCUACCGGCUAGUAUAAUACCCCGGGUGAUGGAAGUAAAUCCACCGGAAAAUAAUUAAUAAGAGAUAGCCGAAAAUAAUUAAAGUGCUCAGGAUAAUCUUUAGAGAGAUAAAUGUAUGUAGUGUAUUCAGUGUAUUGAGCUUGAUUAACUUUCCAAAGAUUACAUCAUUUUAUAGUGCAAAAUAAGACAUAAAAGAUUUGGGCGACGUGGUCGCCAUGUUCGUAUUGAUAUGCAAAUCACUAAUCCGGAUCCGCAGGAUCCUUUGUUGAUUGUGUAAAUAUCUUGAAAAGACGUCGGGGAUGUGGUUUGUCUGUACGGAGUCGCCAUGUAGUUUCUGCCAUGAUGUUCAGAGACACCAUGUAUAAAUUAUUCGGAUAAACUUCUACUACCAUGUCCAGGGUCACUGUGGACAUUUCUUUAUAUAAGCUCGCCAUGACACCCAAGGCUAUAGUGCACUCUGGUCUUCUACUUGCGUCCAUGGUUGCUGUGGACGUGCUCUUUGAAUUGGAUAAGCUUACCAUGACAUCCACGGUUACUCCGUACUCCCCAUUCUUCUACUAACCCUCGUCCACAGUCGCUAUAUACCGUCUUUUAUCUCCCAAACCGCGCGUGGUCACCAUGUACGAGCUCUUCUUAUACCUUAUCAUCAUCCGUGCAUAGUUACCAUGCACAUCAACCUCUAACUGUUUUCAUCUAUGUUAACCCGGUCAACAUUUAUCUAUGGUUGGGAUAAUUAUACCAUCACAAGCCCCCCACUCCCUAAGCCAAAUAGCAUAUUGGCGAUAGGGAGUAUAGGCAUAGUUGCCGUGUCAAUGUUGAUAGACAUAGUUACCGUGUCAAUGUUGAGUGUACAUGGUCACCCUGUCAAUUUUUGUUUUUUGUCUUUACCCAUUCAAUCAUUUUAACUAAUUCAAUUUUCCUUUUCUUUUACUGAAGUGUGCAGCUCAUGACUCCAAAUUUACUUCCUUCCUGGCAGCUUCGUUGGUGAGGGUCAAGGAUUGCCAUACUGCCCAGGUCGCAGCUCGUCGGCAGCCACCAGCCGGUCAACGUCUCCAGCCGCCACCAGCGUCCAAUUACGCAACCAGCCUACCCACGUUCGAAGUUCUUGCCUGCCGUCGUACUCCAUCCGCCCCAGACGGUCGCUGCGAGUAAACAGAGCACCCCAACCACACCGGCGGUGUCCCUAUAGCCUGGCAUUAGCGCACUCCGGUGACCUCAGGGACUGUUCGCCGUCGUCGUCUGUCAUCCUGCCAUCGCCGUCUUCCACCUGCGUCGUCGUUGUCCCGCUGAAGGUCUGAAUCAGAUUCCGCCGCCGUUGCUGUUAGAAUACACAGCUGUUAAUACCUUAUGGAUGUACUGGACUCCAUAGACUCUGAUGAAUUGUUCAGUGGUGACGGGGAAUUAGUGUUGGAGAAUUUUCCUCAUCCCUGGGCAGAUGUUAAUUCUGAUGUUGAAGAAAUUAGUCCCAUAAAGCCACGAGCCGCUUCAGUCAAACCACCAAAACGUCGCUACCGUGGUCCGUAUCCACCCUUAGACCCGAGCCCCAUCUUACACUACAGGUCGCGCCUCUCAGUUUCCAAGUUUCAAAAGUAUAAGAAAUUUUUUCCGUCCACAGUGACUGUCCGAUGUCCAGAUUCAGAGGAUAUUGUAACUGAUCCUCCUAAGGGUCACUUUUUCGGGGUGCAUAUUCUUUCCAUAAAAUUAGGAUUCCGCUUUCCCACACACCCUUUGAUUAUCGAGUUUUUAAAUGAUCUUGAAAUUUCACCUUGUCACUUGACUCCGCUCGGUCAUCAGUAUCUGGUAGCUUUCCUGGUCCGGUGUGAGACACUUGGGAUUGAACCGUCCCUAGACCUCUUCAAGCACAUGUUCCGAGCUGGGCAGUGCUCGGCAUCUGAUAGUCUGUCCUGGGUGUCUAUCUCUCAGCGCCACCACUUUGACAUGUGGAAGAUCACUCGUAGCAACGAAGCCAAUUGGAAAGAAGAAUUUGUCUAUGUGUCGUCUGGAUCUCCGUUACCUUUUUCAUCGUCUUUGAAUUGUCGAUUUAAGAAGUAUUCGUACCCGAAACUUCCAUUUGACCAGGAGACAUGGCCAGCUAUGAUUCUUUCUGGAGGACCGUAUAGCCUCUCUGCCUUUACUUCCGAGGACCGCCUGACCACGGUUGGACUCUAUUCGCCGUCACCAUGUUCGGGUGCACACGCAUCCACGUCCAUGGAUCAAGAUAUGACAUCGCGGCUGGAGAUGUUCCAAAGCUUUGACCAGGAUGGGCCUCCCGGUACUGAUCAGGGCCGCUCUGACAAGAAACCAAGGGUUCCCUCCGUCACAAAAGGCAAGGAUGCCAUUGUAACUGUGCCUUCAUCCAUUGCAAAACGCAGGGCCGCUAGCCCCGCAGCCCGCGUCACCCGUAGCAUGAGUGAUAUUCCCACGACGGGGAUGACUACUUGGUUACAAGGUAACCUUGAGUUACCUCCGCUCUUAUCACAGGUGAUCACGGCGACUGAGAAGGAGAAAAUUUCAACACUUGACCAUGCUGCUUUAGAGAAGAGGAGCCACCAUGGCCUGGCCGAGCUACUGUUGUCCAUCUCCGAGGUGAACCGAAGGAAAGAUGAGCGCGAGAAAGAUUUGUCGCUACAACUCACCGAAUUAGCGAAGGAGGUGGCAUCGCUCAAGCUCGUGCGUGACUCACAUGCAGCCGAGGUCACUGCGCUUAAAGAAAUGCACACCGUGGAGUUGGCCAAUGCAAGGGGGCGGGCCGUGGAUGCAUACAAGAAUUCUCCAGAGUUCGUGUCUGAUCAGGAAGCAUACAUUAAUGCCCACUUGAACGAUAUUAGCAAGCAUUGGUUGUCUACUCCGGAAGGUCGUGAGAAACUGGCCUUAGAGAGCUACAUCUCCUACCAGAUCGGGAUAUAUGCCACUCAACAGAAAAUAUAUCAUAUCUUGAGGGAUAAGGCUGGUACCUCUUGCAUCACUGAUUGGGGACUUCCUCCUGAGGUUCCCAACCCUGAGAUCCCGGUAGCCAACACGCCCCUGGACUAUAUUCCUUUUGACAGACUCCCCACUGAUGAGGAGCUUGGCGAUCUUCCUUCCGAGACAGAUCACCCAGCUUCGACUGCUUCUGUGCCUUAGAGCAUGCAUGGGAGUGACGGAUGGACGUAGUGUAGACUUUAAUUCUGUCAUGUCUUCAAUUAUGAGUACCUGAGUUGCUAAAGAUGUUUUGAAUUUCAUAAAAUAAUAAUGAUGCAUGUCUUAUUUUC